CCGCCGCCGCCGCCGCCGCCGCCGCCGCCGCGCCAGGAGCGGCCGCACCGGGCGAUGAGAUGACAACGUCUAUCCUGCAGAAAGCCAUCGACCUGGUCACCAAAGCCACCGAGGAGGACAAGGCCAAGAACUACGAGGAGGCGCUGCGGCUGUACCAGCACGCCGUGGAGUAUUUCCUGCACGCCAUCAAAUAUGAGGCUCACAGCGACAAGGCAAAGGAGAGCAUCCGAGCCAAGUGCACGCAGUACCUGGACCGGGCGGAGAAGCUGAAGGAGUACCUGCGCGGCAAGGACAGGCAGGGCAAGAAGCCGGUUAAGGAGGCCCAGAAUGACAACAAGGGGAGUGACAGUGACAGCGAGGGCGAGAACCCGGAGAAGAAGAAGCUGCAGGAGCAGCUGAUGGGUGCCAUCAUGAUGGAGAAGCCCAACGUGCGGUGGAGUGAUGUGGCUGGCCUGGAGGGAGCCAAGGAAGCCCUGAAGGAAGCCGUGAUCCUGCCCAUCAAGUUCCCACACUUGUUUACCGGGAAGCGCACGCCCUGGCGCGGGAUCCUGCUCUUCGGGCCCCCUGGCACCGGCAAGUCCUACUUGGCCAAGGCUGUGGCCACUGAGGCCAACAACUCCACCUUCUUCUCUGUGUCAUCCUCUGACCUGAUGUCCAAGUGGCUGGGAGAGAGUGAGAAGCUGGUGAAGAACCUGUUUGAGCUGGCGAGGCAGCACAAACCCUCCAUCAUCUUCAUCGACGAGGUGGAUUCGCUGUGCGGGUCCCGCAAUGAGAACGAGAGCGAGGCGGCGCGGCGCAUCAAGACGGAGUUCCUGGUGCAGAUGCAGGGUGUGGGCAACAGCAGCGACGGGAUCCUGGUGCUGGGUGCCACCAACAUCCCCUGGGUGCUGGACUCGGCCAUCAGGAGGAGGUUCGAGAAGCGCAUCUACAUCCCGCUGCCCGAGGAGGCCGCCCGGGCACAGAUGUUCAGGCUGCACCUGGGCAACACCCCGCACAGCCUGAGCGACGCCAACAUCCAGGAGCUGGCCCGCAAGACCGAUGGCUACUCGGGGGCUGACAUCAGCAUCAUCGUGCGGGACGCCCUGAUGCAGCCCGUCCGCAAAGUGCAGUCGGCCACGCACUUCAAGAAGGUCCGCGGCCCGUCCCGAACCACCCCCGGCGCCUUUGUGGAUGAUCUCCUGACACCCUGCUCGCCCGGCGACCCCGGCGCCACCGAGAUGACCUGGAUGGAGGUGCCUGGGGACAAGCUGAUGGAGCCCAUCGUCUGCAUGUCGGACAUGCUGCGCUCACUCGCCACCACCCGCCCCACCGUCAACACCGAGGAUCUGCUGAGGGUGAAGAAGUUCACGGAGGACUUUGGACAGGAAGGUUAAGGGGGGACACCGGGUAUGGAGUUGGGAUGGCCGCGCCCCCUGUGCCAAACAGGUUCAUCUUCUGCUCACUCCCCCUCACCCAUUGCACUGCAGGGCCCGGCAGGGAGCAGGGCCCGGGGGGGGCUGAUGUUUCUGGGGGGGUCAGGGGGUCUGAGCAUGGGCUGGGCACUGGGUGCUCCUCCUGGCCCUGCCACACCCUUCUUCCUGCUCUUUUUUAUUUUUUAAAUUAAUGCUGCUUCGGGUUCUGUCUUGUUUAUAUGAAAAUAAAAACAAUCGAAAAGCUUCA